UUUAAUUCUUAUAAAAAGCGAGAAAUUGGUUAAUAUCCUGCACACGACUUUUCCAAUAUUAUAACAAUAAUAGGGAGCUGAGUAAAUAGCACACUGUUUACGCAAGGGCGUUUAAUAUUUGUUUCCUAUCUGAUGGUCGCUAGGCAUCGAACAGGUGAAUAUAUCGCCGUCAGCUGUUAGUCUCUAGUGGAGAGCGUGAAAUACAACACUUUUCUUCGCACUCAAAGGACCGUAAUAUCCCAUAGAAAACAAAAUACCAGAUUCGAAUGAAACAAUCUUCCUUUGACGAAUUUAAACAAAUUAACAAAACAAAUAGCAAGCCAUUUUUUGCAACAAAUUGUUACUGCAACGGGACUUUUACAGCAACACAAAAAAGAUUCUCCGAGUUCAAAUUUUACAAAAGACCACUUGAGCUUAAAUAAAGAAAAUUUUCAGGAGUCCAAAACAAUAUUGAAUCAAAAAAGUCGAAGGAUAUUUGUAACCCCGAAGGUGAGAGGUGCUGCGAGACUCGUGAAGCGGUCACUGGGUAAUCUACUAGGAGAAUUAUAACGGCGCUUUUGACCAGGAAGCCGAUUUCAAGAUUUUGACAAAGGAACUGAAUACAAAGAUGACCGAACAACGAGGAUUAAUUUCCUAUGAGAUGACAUACAUGAAGUGUACACGAAACGAGAUUGAUAUCAAGAUGCUUUAAAACAGAGCUUGUGUACAUUUGUAUUUACACUGUGGUAGCUUAGCGAGCGAAAACAAAGCCACAAAAACUUAAAAUGGGCAGUGCAUCAGUGCCGGCAGUCUAGUUCAUCAACUUCAAGCGAGCUUGUCUUCGACGGCUACACUCCUACAACGACUACACUGAUCCGUGGCGCGUUCUCUAACGCAACUAAAGAGAGUCUACUUUUCAAGCAGGCGAAACCAACUAUAUUUGUUCCCGCUACUGUAUAUAUAACACGAGAAGAGGAAGUUGAAGAAUACGAGGAGUUUUCUCCCGCAAAAAAAAGAGCAACAAAUCAACAAGGGCAACAAGGAUUCUAAAGAAAAAAUCUACGAAGGAAGUAGAUGGAAAUACCAAUACUUUUUCGUCCUCAGAAGACUUGAGAAGUAAUAGAACUAGAAAACGAGCAGCUUUGAGUGGACAAGUAAAAGGAAAUAAACUGACGAGCUCAAGAGACUUAUUACAGUGACCUUCAGGUUAAUAAUAAGAAUAGCGGGCAAUAACAAAAUACGAAAAUAUCUUCCCUCAAAAAUCUUAAACGGACGAUUAUGAACACGACGAACCGCACUCAAAUGGGCUCUUUUUGCUCGGGGGAAACAUUCUGCCAGGGUUGCGGAGCCCCUCUAGCCGCGCUCUACAUCAUCACGGGUAUCCUGUGUAUGAUCGGUAAUGGCCUGGUGUUAGCCGCCAUAUACCACACCCCGCACCUCCAUCGUAUUUCAAACUACUUCAUGGCGUCGCUGGCGGCGGCCGAUCUAUCGGUGGGGCUACUUGUGAGUCCGCUGUGGGCGGCGAAAAGCUUGAUCGCCGCGUACAAUAACGAGCAUCCCUUGACAAUCAUUUCCGCGUACAUGACCAUGCAGACAGCAACGACGACGACGUUCAACCUGUGCGCGGUGUCCAUCGACCGGUACGUGGCCAUCACCAAGCCUUUCGAGUACAACAGAAUCAUCUCGCUGAGUAGAUGUAGAGGCAUCAUAGCAUUCAUCUGGGUGGCUUCGUUCGUGCUGCCUAUCCCGAGGCCACUAGUGACAGACCCGGCAGUCCUCCCCGCGGUAUGGAUGACGGGAAGUACUGUGGUGAUAAUACUUCCGCUUGUGGUCAUCUUCUACUGUUAUUAUCAUAUCGUGCGGAUUGCGCGACAGCAGGCAAAGCGCAUCGGGCAAGCUCACCGCGAGACGAACCGGGUAGCGGUGACAAGACGAGGCAACACCAAGGCCGCAUGGACAGUCGCGAUCAUUAUAGGGGUGUUCCUCCUGACCUGGUCGCCAAGCCUUGUCCUCUCUACCCGACUCUCAGCAGUUAAGGACCCUUGCCAGAGAGAUAGAUUAACAAAGGUCUGGUUCUGGACAGUUCUGCUUGCCUUCAGCAGCUCUGCAAUCAACCCUUUGAUCUACACAGCAAGAAGCUAUGAGUAUAGAAGAGCAUUUAGGGGAAUACUUGGCUUAACAGAAACCACACCGCUUGGAGAAAAUGACAUGAGUAUGUCCUGGGCAACCAGAAAAGCCAACUCCCAGUCCUUCACGGAAAUCAUCCCUUAGCUAGUUAGGAAAUAUGCACACCAGAGCAACACUAUAAUUAAAUCAAAUGUUCUGAGUUUAAAAAUGCCUGUCAUGUGAACCAGAGUAUAACAUACCUUUGUUAGAUACAUGUAGGAAUAAAUCAUUGAAAGAUCACUGACAUUAUUUUUACUAUUAAAAGCACAACUUCUAUGA